AUGUUCUACCCUUUUUGCAAGUACGAGGCAAAAGUUAUUGAUGAAAUAAUCGAAAAUAUCUCAAGAAAAUUGAAUCACACAUUCUCAACUAGUGAUUUCAAGGACUUUGUUGGAAUGGAUCAUGUAAACAAAAUUGAAUUGUACAUGAGUAGAGGGUUGGAUGAACAUGAAGCUACUGUGAUCGGGAUUUGUGGGAUGUCGGGGAUAGGUAAGACAACCAUCGCACAAGUUCUUUUUGAAAGAAUUCGUAAUAAAUUUGAAGCUAGCUGUUUCAUCCAUGAUGUUAGAGAGAUGUCUGAAUGGAAAAUUUUGCCUCUUGUGCUAAAGAAACUUUAUGGUAACCUUUCCAAUACCAAAGUAAGUGUAGAGGAUGUUAAUGGGGUAAGGAGUAGAUUAUUGAGUCACAAAAGGGUGCUUAUCGUUCUCGACGACAUUGAUAAUUUAAAACAAAUUGAAGCUAUAGUUGGAUGUGGUGCCAGAGGAUUGUAUGAUCGGUUUGGUCAAGGUAGCAGAAUCAUUGUAACCACAAAAGAUAAAAGCCUGCUAAAAGCAUAUGAGCCAAAAAUACACAUGGUUGGAAAACUUAACUUUGAUGAAGCUCUCAUGCUUUUUUCUCGGAGAGCCUUUGGCAGAGACCCUCCUCUUGAUGAGUAUGUUGAUUUGUCCAACCAGUUUGUAGAUUACUCUGGUGGUCUUCCUUUGGCGCUAACAGUUUUUGGCUCCUUUCUAUUCAGGAGAAGAUUUGAUGGAUUAGCAUCUUCGGACGAGAAGGAUAUAUUUCUGGACAUUGCAUGCUUCUUUAAAGGAGAGAGUGUAAAGCAUGUGGAAAGGAUAUUUGAAAGCUGUGAUUACUAUCCGGAUAUAAGUAUAAGAGUCCUCCUUGAGAAAUCUUUACUUAUGAUUUUUGGAGGAAAGUUGUGGAUGCAUCAUUUACUACAAGAAAUGGGCAAGGAUAUUGUCCGCAAACAAUCUCAGCAAGAGCUAGGAAAACGCAGCCGGUUGUGGCUUCAUGAAGAUACCGUUGAAGUACUUAGCAAGAACGAGGGAACAAAAUUUGUUGAAGGCAUUUUCCUAAGCUCCCCUCAACAAUAUGACUGUACGGACUUGACCACUGGUCCAUUUGUGAGGAUGUCCAACUUAAGAUUGUUGAAGAUCUUCAACGUCAAUUUUUCUAGAUGCCACGAAUCUCUUUCAGAUAAGCUACGGCUCUUGGAUUGGUAUGGAUAUCCUUUAAAAUCGUUACCGUCAAGUUUUAAUCCGAAAAAACUGGUUGAACUGCACUUGCCUCAGAGCAGAAUAGAAAAUUUAUGGAACAAAAUUAGGGAGCUUUUGGAAAAGUUGGUGAUCAUGGACCUUAGCGAUUGCGAAUACUUGACUAAGACCCUUAAUUUCACUGAAAUCCCGAAGUUUGAGAGGUUAAUUCUUAAAGGUUGUAGAAGAUUGUCUGAGGUUCACCCAUCAGUUGGAGCUCUCCAAAGACUCAUUUUGUUGAACCUAAAGGGUUGUCAAAACCUUGGUAGUCUUCCCCACAAGAUCAGCUUGAGGUCUCUCAAAACUUUCAUUCUUUCGGGAUGUUACAAACUCAAAAGGUUUCCGGAGAUUGACGAGACCAUGAAACAAUUAUCGAAACUUCAUUUAGAUGAGACAGCUAUAAUAGAGCUACCAACAUCAAUCAAGUAUUUGACUGGCCUGAUUUUGCUCAAUCUCAAAGAUUGCAAGAACCUUUUGAGUCUGCCAGGUGUCAUUUGUACUUUAACAUCACUUCAAAUUCUCAAUGUCUCAGGCUGCUCUAAACUCGCGGAGUUGCUGCCAAAGAUAGUGUAA